ACAGAGACGAGGCGAGAGAGCGUUGGGAAUCGCGCGGGGGACGAGGAAGUGGUUACGGACAGCGAGUGGUGCGACGGCAGUAGUAACGGGUAGUAGUCCAGACCGCAGUAGUAACGGUUCGCUACUCGCGCGGCGCUUUUCAGCUCCGCUCCGCUUGGCUCCGCUGCGGCCGCGACGACGAUCAAUCGAGCCGGCGGGAGGGUGCGACGCGCUCGUAUACUCCGGAUUUCCUCCUCUAAGGAAAAAAAACCUUCGUCUCUCGAAGUCCGGAGGUGCCUCGAUCGGUUGUAAAUCGAGGAGCGAAGCUGAAUCGUGAAUAUACUUUGGUCUCCAACAAAUUGACCCUGCAAAGUCUUGGACUCCACGUAAAUCGCGAGAGAGAGAGAGAGAGAGAGGGGGGAGGGAGAGAGGAGAAAGAGAGAGAGAGACUUGGGACGACGAGGGACGGGGAUACCCCAUUGCUGGAUUCGCAGGGUUGGUCCUGGCCGUAGCCGGUGGGGUAGCAAAACGCGAGAGUGCCGUCGUGUGUCACCCUCUCCCGCUCGACUAUGUGCCGGCGUUUCGCGAUCAGGACACCGGGAUCAUCGCCGUCGGUGAUCAACGUCGUCGCGACGUCGACGGAGCGCAAAACGUGAGACCCGUCGUUUAUACGCGUCAGCUGAUCCGACGUAAGCCGCGAGGGACAAAGGAGAUCCACAAUGGCUCUAGUAAUGUUACCGUGUGACCUGCCUUGGUGGCCAGCUGUUGUAAAGCAAUUGGACAAGGCCGCCUCGGCUAAAAACUCAGAGGACCUAGUAGACGCGAUGCAACGAUUGCAUGACAUGUGCAACAUAAGCCUCGAUCCCGAGGAAGACGUUCAAGACGCCGACCUAUUUUCCAUGUUGGGAACCUUCCUAGACAAUGAUCUCGAUCUCGCGGAACGAGAGCAAGUGUUCACGAAGACAAUACCGCGAAUAGUGGAACAGGCGAAGGCCUUAAAAUCUACAAAACCCCCUCAAGGCUUACACUUUAGCCUCCAGCAACAAGAUGACAGCGUCGAAUACAGUUACGCCUUCGCCUCCUCCUUGAUUGCGAACGCAUUCUUCUCAACGUAUCCAAAGAGAACAGCGAAGACUCACCCUACAUUACGCGAUUUCAACUUUACAAAUUUCUUCAGACAUCUUAACAAAAACGCACAGAAAGCCAAACUUAAAAGUAUUUUUUAUUAUUAUAAUUAUCUCGAGACGGAGCAUGCACUCGAUGGCCGUCUAAUAAUUUCUAGACAGGUGAUGACGUCUAAGCAAUGGCUGACAAUCGAAGAUUGGUUGGAAAGUAACGUACCUUUGUGUCCGCUGACGAUACGUCAUGAGGGACGGUUGGAACGAGUUGAGGCGGCAUCAAAAGUAUUACAAGUUUGCUUCGCGAAUGCUAAAAUUGGCGGCGGCGUAUUGGAUGGCGAUGUCACGCAGGAAACUGUACAUGUAGCGACACAUCCGGAAAUACUCGCUGCGAUAAUAUCCGUCGAGGCCUUAGAAGACAACGAAGUACUAAUAAUCGAGGGUGUCAGGCAUAUGUCGAGGAUAAACGAUCCGCGGCAUAAGGCGAUAUUCGAGGGUAUCUCGAAGCCGAACGUGGUAACGGUCUGCUGCAUAGAUCCCGAGGACUACUCGCGAUUGCCGUUGACGCAGUACGAGGAGGACAACAUCUUGAGGGAGAUGAACAAGUCGCUGCUGGGAUUUCGUCAGAAACACGUGCCCAGCAGCCCCACGGAUCCGAUCAAGAGUGAACUGGAAGCGGAAAUCGGCCUGGGCUCCCGCAGAUUAUCGCCGAUCGGCGAGAGCUUCAGCAGCACACCGCCGGAAAUGGAAGGCGAGGACAAAGUUUUCGCAACGAGCAAUAAUUCCAAGACAGAUAAGCAGGUUCUCCGCGAUGAGCGACACAAAUUGGAGAACGCGACGGAAGUGCGUAGCAGGCCUAACGGUAAAUCAAUGAGACCGCCUAGUCCUAACAAGGUGUGCAAGGACGCAAGUUACACGAACCGAAAGAACAGAUUCAUCGUGCUUGGAUCUAGCGGCGAGGUACUGCCGGUGACGCGACAACUCGGCCAGAUGUCGGUUUAUAGCAGUUGCAACAGUCAGAGCACGGAUAGUUUCCACAGCGCUAAGGAGACCAUUGAUGAGGAACCUGAGGAAGAAGAGCAAAAGGUGAUCAAAUGUUACAACGAACAAUUAGAUACCCCCGAAAGAAGAGGAACCUUCGCGCAGCGACUGAAAGAAGCUCUCAAGCGAGAAAGUACGGCGACGGGGGUGACUUCCUCGAAUACUUCUUCCGGCGAAAGCAGUUAUGCCGUUGGUAUAAGCGUUAGCGGUAGCCACGUCGGCGAUCAAGACAUCAAAUUGAGAAGAGGAGGUUCGAGGGGUUUCGUUUUGAGGGACGAAACGGUGGACGAAGAGUUCCUGAAAGAGUCUCUGGAAGCAGAGCAAAAGUGGCUUGGUCGAUUCCGACAGAGUCAGGGGCCUAUGUUUCAAAGGAAGGACACGAGUGCUAGCAGCAAGUAUAGUUUCAGCACCGAGUACAAUUCUGAUUUCUGUUCUGAGCUGGAGGAGGUCUACGAGCAAUUAUCAAAGUGGCUGGAGGAUCCGAUAGUGGCGGACGAGAACCGGGAAUUAGAUGCAAGAGAUCGGGCGGUUGUACGAUUCGCCGGUUCACUUCUGAAACGCGCUCUGAGCGAAUCGUUCGCCGGCGUGCCGGUCCAGGAGGGCGAGCCGCAGCCGUUCAUCGACGCAGAUGUAAAUCAGCAGCACAAACUGGCCUUAGCUGUGAGGAGCCUCAGCUUGGAGCUCGCUCGACAGAAAAAUCGGAGACAGCAAUCAGUGUCUGAGUCCGAAGACGUAGAUUGCUACGAGGACGCCUCGUGCGAGAUGGUAAGAGAGGCGAAGGACGCCCAACGUAGGAAACUUUGGGCUGUCACGGUCACGUCGGAAGUGUUCCAAACGUUGGUCGAUGAUCAUACGAUCCUAUGCCUGUCUACACCGCCCAUGUCUGAGUCGGGACAGAUGGCGAACGAGCGUGAAACCCGCGAAGCGAGUACGCUCGGUGUCUCGCAGUUGCCGCACGAAAGUAGUCCCCAAGGAGGAGGUUUAUUGCCCGUGGCUACCGGCAACUGGGGAUGCGGGACUAGAUUGAAAGGCGAUCCGCAACUGAAACUCGUUAUUCAAUGGCUCGCUUCCUCUAUGGCAGGAACACCAAGAUUAAUCUAUUACACCUCUGGCAAUCCCAGUCUAUCCAAGUUAGACACUGUGAGCAGAGUUCUGAUAGACAGACGUUGGUCGGUGGGUGAUCUUGCCGCCGCGACGCUGAGGUAUGCCAUGCACGCGAUCGAGGAACGGAUGGAAGGAAAGAAUAGUCUUUUCGAGGAGAUCAUCGGGAUGGAUAAAUCGAGUCCUUAGCCCGAUUCGAUGCUGUCCGUUCUGGUGGACGUGUUAGCUACCAUGAUCGAAGACAGCCUACUGAAAAAUUAAUACUAUAUUACAUAUAUACUCUUCCGAGAGAGGGACAUACAAAAGGAAAAGAAACGAACGGGUACUUGACUGUAGUUAGAUAAGAUCGAUAAUUAACUCUAAUUCGUAGUCUUAGAUGAAACAUGUUAUACGAGUUUCGUUUUGGCGAAAGAGAGAUCGAUUCGGUUUUACUUUUUUCUUUUUUGUUCGAAUUACUACUCUCGUCUAGCAUAUCAAAAUGAUAUCAGGCAAAUUCGCACAAUUCGUUGUACAAGGCAAUAUAUCAAAUAGGAAAAAAAUAGUCGCUGCGAUAUUUUCUAUAGUCUAUGUAUGUAGCGUAUCGUGCUAUCGAAUCAAGUUAUAUUAUAGGGAUCAUCUGUGUCACAUUUCCGCAAGGUAAUGGAAAAAAAUAGCGUGAUAUCUCGGAAGUUCAGUUGUCAUUAAUGUCACGUCAUCGUAAGAGAGCGUGGCAAACUCUCUGCAAUUAGAAAUCCUAUAAUAAGAGUUUGAUCAAAGCGGAUAAAAAAUAGAAGAUAGAUAGCUAUGUUUUUCUUUCCUUCUUUUUCUCACUUUCUCUCACUUUCCGAAAAUGUACGAACUAUACAUUGAAUGGAUCAUAAGUGAUGAUCAAUCAAAAGACUGAUUCACUUUGGCCAGACUUUUAUUAUAGAGUCUAUCUGCAAUCAUAACGGUCUAGUCAUGUACGAAAGGUCAAUUCUGGUUUUACUUCGUACAGAAUAAGUAACUGAUAACGCAGUUACAUGCAAUAACUAAUGAGGCACAAUAUACUAUAUUUUGUACAAUAAUAUUUUUAAGUCGUUCUAUAUUUUAAGUCGGAGAUAUAUAUGCGUAAUAUGCGAAUAGAUUUUUAGAGAGAGAAACUUUUAGUAUUUUAUAAUAAAAGAUUAUAAUAUAUAGGCAAUUUUUUUAUGAAGGUAAAAUUUGUGUGUAUACAAGUCGCUACUAUGGAAUCAUAAAUUGGGAUAUAAAGAGUGGGUAAUAUAUGGCCUAUAAAGGAAAAGGUAUGCUUGGUAGUAUGUAAAUCAAUUAAAAUGAGGUCUUCCAUUAUUAAAGCAAAACGUGUGAAAGUAUCCUGAUUUGUAUAUAUUCUCGCUGUACUUCUCAUUCUAAGCAACGAUAGGAGUGUUUAAAAAACAUAUAUAUAUAUACACACAUACAUACACAUAUAUAUAUAUUUAUAUAUGAAGUACAUAAUAAUAAAGAACUAUGCCCAGUUUUUCUUAUAGAAAUUGAGACUCGGGUGAACAGUAUUGAGACAUGGCUAGAAUUAUAUGGCAUCAAAAAAGAAUCAAAAAGUUCCAUAUGCACAACCUUGUAAAUAACUCCCUUGAAUGCUAGAACUGUCCAAAGUUUGCUAUUAUAAAUAUGUAUUGUACUAUGUACCACUGGUCUUAUCUGUUUUCUCUGCGUUCAGGGCAUCUCUUCGCGAUGACGGCGGUAAUCUUCAUUAGUAUGAUAUAUCCAAUCGAUUCCCCAUUUGAUGACUGAUUUUCAAAAUGUCGCUGCUAUUCACUACAUGUUCUAUCAUAUCAGACCCUGAGCAGUCAGAGAAGACUGCACAACUUAUGUUGGAUCGACUGUACAAAUCAAAUAUGUUAUUUUGAUCAGUCCAAGAAUAAAACCUGAAUCAUAAAUUGCCGUAUUUGUCUUGUUGCAUAUAAAUUAGAAGGGUUUUCAGUACUGACAAAGGAUGAUUUAGCAUGUGGUUAUUAUCGGGCAAUAUUUUAUACAGAUAAGUCGUGAUGUUUGAGGUGACAAAUUUUGCUAAUUACGGCAGCCAUACAUAACGCUAUCCUCGUCAAAGCCCAAAUACAAUCCAGGUACAUAAAUCAUACUCGUUACUGUACGUACGGC